UGGGUGUCUGCAAAGGUGUAGUAUUUAGUGUUGAUUUGUUCGGGCUUGGUUUGAGGUCUAACCAAGGCCUUUACAUAUGAAUUCCCGCCUUCAACUUGCAUGCCCUAUUUUCUCCGAGACUGUAAUGAAGCAGCUGAGCUUCCCUAACAACGGAGUGAUUAAAAACCUUAUAAUCUGCGGGACAUUUCCUCCCGCGAAGUAGCAUGCGAGAUCUCCUUCCUUUUGUUAUGUAUCCGUGUGUUGUGUCGCCGGAGAAGUCGUCGCUCGUCUUCCUGACGGCUGAUCCUCUCCCGACGGAAUACGCGGCCUACAUUUGUUUGCGGUUCCAUGAAUGGCGUGUGAAAAUUGCGGGGUUUGGAACCUCCAACAAGAAUAAGAACCAUUGUCCUGGUCAUAUGCACUACUCGUGGCAACCAACAUAUUGCACAAUAUAGUGCUCUAUAAUAUCCAUCAACCAUCCUCCAUUUUCUGUAGCGCUUCAUCCUCACAAGGUUCGCGGGCGUGCUGGAGCCUAUCCCAGCUAUCUUCGAGCGAGAGGCGGGGUACACCCUGAACUGCUCGCCAGCCAAUCGCAGGGCACAAAUAAAGAAACAACCAACUGCGCACACAUUCACACCUAAGGGCAAUUUAGAGUCUUGAUGAGAUGUGGGAGGAAACCGGAGUUCCCGGAGAAAACCCACGCAGGCGCAGUGUCUCCACCAUGGUGAAGAGAGGGAACAUGGAGUUUGGCAAGGAGCGUGGUCCUUCCCGGGGUCUGAGCGCCCUGGAAAUGUGGCUGAUGGUCCUCUUCGUGGUCAUGACUGGUGUGAGCGUGGCUCUGGUGGUCCUCUACUUCGUCCACGUUGAGGAAGACCCCGCGCCUCUUCGAGAGGGGCCGGACUCGGGGUGCGGCGGUCCGCAGGAGCUCACCGGAGCGUCGGGCACCUUCACCAGCCGCCACUACCCCAGUAGCUAUGACAACGGCAGGAGUUGCUCCUGGCACAUUACCGUGGACCCUGAUAAGGUGAUCGCACUCCGUUUUGAAGAGUUUGCCUUGGAGGACACCAACCUGUGUACUGCAGACUUCAUCACGCUGCGAGAUUCGCUGGGAGUCAUUGGCAAAUACUGCGGCUACAGCAAACCGUUGCCUCUGGUGUCUCUGACCAACCGGCUGACCGUCUACUUUGACACCAACGACAGAAAAACAGACCAAGGAUUCAAGGCUCAUUACGAAGCCGUGUCUCCGGAGCGCACGUCAGAAAUAGCAGGAGGUGGUGGCUCUCUCCAUGGUGACCGGGGGGAUCUGCUGACCCCUGGCUUUCCCGAGCAGAACUACCCCAAUGGAGCGCUAUACCAGUGGAAAAUCAGCGUGCCCGAAGGCGAGAGGGUUCGACUGACAUUCACCUCCUUCGACCUGGUACCCGAGGUGUGCAGAGACUUUGUGCAGGUCUACGAUGGCUCUUUGUCAUUAGGUAAAUUCUGCGGGGGAGCCUUGCCCGAGCCGGUGGAGUCCAGCACCAACACUAUGAUGGUGCGCUUCAAAGCGGACAGCACCAAGAGCUCCAAAGGGUUCCACGCCACCUACACCAAGACCAGCCUCCCGCCUAUUGUGAUCCCCACCACCAUGAGGCCCACAGCCACAUCCAAACCCACCACCCAGACACUCCCACCCACCACCACAGCUACCGGCGGUCCGAUUAUUCUCCGCGGGCGCAAAGGAGCCAUCCAGUCGCCGGGCUUCCCCGAUCCAUAUCCCGCUCACCAGAAUGUGUCCUGGAGGAUAAGCGUACCCAAAGGGUUUCUGGUUAAGCUGCAUAUCGUCGAGUUGGCCAUCACAGGGGAAACGGGACAGUGCAAGGAUGACAAGUUGGUCGUGUCGGACGCUUACAGCACGCUCGGCACGCACUGUGGCUACCUCCGCCCUCCAGUUGUGGUGGCCGCCACCGACGCACUGUCUGUCUCCUUCUUGUCUGACAGUCGCCUCACUGACAGAGGCUUCUCUGCCAAGUGGGAGGCAGCGUACCCUGAGGAUAUAGCAGAAAUCCAGGGAUGCGGCUUGUCGUCCAAGGAGGAGAGUGGAGUGAUGAAGUCGAACAACUGGCCCACGAACUACGACGCCAACGCUGACUGCAUGUGGAACGUGGCGCUGCCGUUUGGCAAGAAAAUCACGCUGACCUUCACUCACUUUGAGCUCGAGGCCAAAGAUUUCCUGUCGUCCAAGUGCUUCGACAACGUCGUGGUGUACGACGUCCACGGCGUGACCGAUGCCUUGAUUCAGAAGCACGGACCAUUUUGUGGCACCAAGAUCCCUCGAAGCAUCCAUACCAAAGGAAACAAGCUGGUGGUACGCUUCCAUUCAGACUUGUUCACAGAGGCCAAAGGUUUCAGGGCCUACUGGACUGCAAAUCCCAGUCUGCCUGCACCGACCGAGCCACCUGUUCCACCUAAUCCUUGGGACGGAAUCAAAAUAGACUGGCCCGGCACAUGCGGUAAUCCAGUCAUCCCUCCAGCUAUUAUGUCCCGCAUUGUGAACGGAGAAGCAGCCAGGCCUCACUCGUGGCCCUGGCAGGUGUCCAUGCAGGUGUGGCCAUCCAGUCAACCUGAUCAAACUUUCGUCCACACGUGUGGCGGUACUCUAAUCCAUAAAAACUGGGUGCUCACAGCAGCUCACUGCUUCAUCACCUACGCCGACGAGCUGCACCGCUGGCAAAUGUGCCUGGGCAAGCACAACCUGACCGUCACAGAGCCCAGCGAACGCUGCCUGGGCGUGACGGGCAUCUACCGCCACGAGGCCUUCAAGUACCCCACUGUGCCCACCGUGGAGUUCGACAUCGCCCUGGUCAGGCUGGACGGAGAGGCCGAGGUCGGGGACCAGAUCGCUUACGCCUGCCUCCCCUCUCCGGAGGAGGUGCUGCCCGGGGGAAAGAAGUGCUACGCCACCGGCUGGGGGGAUGAGACAGGGGACUCCCUCAAUGCUAAAGUGGCAGAGGCUCUAAACCAGGUGGCUUUACCUGUGGUUCCGUACAACACAUGCAAGAGGAUGGACUACUGGUGGUUCCAGGUGAAGAGCUCCAUGAUCUGCUGUGGUUACACGCUGCCCGACGAGCUCAAGUCCGUCUGUCAGGGAGAUUCCGGUGGUCCUCUGGUGUGCCAGGAUAGUCCCGACAGUCCCUGGGAAGUGCACGGAAUCACCAGCUUUGGUCCCAUCGGGUGCAUCAUGAACAAGAAACCCUCGGUGUUCACUCGCUCGUCCGCCUACCUCCCCUGGAUCAGCAACGUCAUACGCAGGGACAUCUACAACCAACACACAUCUGGCUGUGGCGGGGCCAAGAAUGUGACGGGCACAGGCGGCACGUUGUCCUCCAUGGGCUUCCCAGGCAGCUACAGCAACAAGGCCCGAUGCCAGUGGAAUAUCCACGCACCCGUGGGCAAACUGGUGCACCUUCACUUCAGCAACUUCUCUCUGGAGGAGAGUCAAAUGUGCUUGAGCGACAAAGUCAUCAUUUCGGAUGGAACGGGAAGUCUGGGCACUUACUGUAGUCACACGCCACCCAUGGACCUGGUGAGCGACGGGAACUCGCUUCACGUCAACUUCUCGUCCAACAACAAGGUGGUGGACACCGGCUUCGCGGCCACCUGGAAGGCCGUGGACCCUUCGGAAGCUCCCUGUGGAGGCACGUUCAGCAGCCCCCAAGGUGAGCUUACAAGUCCCAACUGGCCCAAAGACUACCCUGCCCAGGCCGUGUGUACGUGGAGGAUCCGGGUCCCCGCUGCCAAAAGCAUCCACGUGGCCUUCACGCACUUUGAGCUGCAGGCCGCCAACGUGCUGGGCAACUGCGUCGACUAUGUGGAGGUCUUCAAGGGGGGGAACAUGAUGUCGCAAGGUCGCUUCUGCGGCUUUGGCCCGCCGCCCAAACUGAGCGUGCCGGGCGACACGGCGAUCAUCCGUUUCCUGAGCAACAACGUCAACCGGCAGCAGGGUUUCCGCGGCUACUGGACCACCGACGCCGGCAUCGUCCCGACUCUACCACCUCCCACGCCCAACCCGUGGGACAACAUCACCAUCAGCUGGCCGGGGGACUGCGGAAAUCCGGCAGUGGCCCCCAAUAAUGGCACAGCGAAGGUGGUCAAUGGAGAAGAAGCGGUACCCCACUCCUGGCCCUGGCAAGUCUCCAUGCAGAUCUCGCCGGUGUCUUUCAUCCCUUACAUGCACAGCUGUGGAGGUUCAUUGAUACAUGAGGAGUGGAUCCUAACAGCUGCCCACUGUUUCAUGACUCCCCUCAACAAGACCUCGUACUGGCGCAUGUGCCUGGGGAAGCACCACAUGAACUCCUCCGGGGACAUCCCGUCAGCGGAGGCGUGCUACAAGGUGGACGGCAUCAUCCGCCACGAGGGCUUCGUCUACGAGCAGGACCCCAGCGACAUCACCCAUGACAUCGCCCUGGUGCACCUGGCCCAACCUGUCAACAUGACGCGGGAGAUCAGCCCCGUCUGUCUACCCUGGCCUGGGGUUGUGGUGGAGGCAGGGACACGCUGCUUUGUCACCGGCUGGGGGGGUGAGAAAGGGAACAUCUUCCCCAAACUGUCUGAGAAACUCAACCAGGCAGCUCUUCCUGUGGUGGACUUCAAGACCUGCAGCAAGCCCGCCUACUGGUGGGACGCCCUGCGGCCCUCCAUGAUCUGCGCCGGUUACGAGUCCCCGGAUGAGCUCAAGUCGGCGUGCCAGGGCGACUCUGGGGGUCCGUUUGCAUGCAAGGCCGCCGUAGCCAACGGCACCUGGGAGGUCCAUGGCGUGGUCAGUUUCGGACCCCAGGGAUGCAUCAAGGACAAGAAGCCGUCGGUGUUCACACGUGUUUCUGCCUUUAGCCACUGGAUCCAUGACAACAUAAAGAAGUUCACGUACGAAAGGGACAACUAAGAUCCAGUGUUACCUUGACUUACAAGUUUAAUUUCUUCUGUGACCAUCUAAUAAGAAAAAUACCCCUGGACAGUAUUGUACCUAUUGUAUAAAAACAUACAGUAAUAACAGUUAAAUCAAAUGUAAAGAAUGAAACCGUUUUUGCAUCUUGAUUUCAUGCUUUAAAUCAAUGGACAUUGUGCUUGUCCUUUUGGUGUGCGCGCCUUGACCACCAGGGGGCUGUACAAUGUAUAGAUAGAUAAAUAUAAAACGUAGAUUUGAUGAUGAAACAUGAAGAGGACCGUUGCAACUAAACUACAGUAUUAAUAGUAAUAUUUCGCUGAACAUAAAUAAUACAUGCAUGUGAGAAUUAUAUGUGUUGCUACACUGUUUAUGUUCAAAUAUUAGUUGUUUAAAGGUUUACAACCAACCCCAAUAUCGAUCCUAGUUUUGUUCGCCCAUCCAUUGCAUUUCACAUUAUGUGCCAGCAUUAAGCUAGCAGACUUUCGUAAGACAAUGUUAAUGUGGUUUGGUUGAAUACGUAAUGUGUUGUUUUCUUUGUUUUAUGUUAUUUCCACCAUGAAUUUCCACUGGGAAUGCCUAUAUACAGCUUGAAGUAAGCACACUUGGCCUCUUUUUUUGAAGCACUGUUCGCUAUUGGCCAAAUUGCACACGCCACGGUUAGGGAGGGAAGAAUAGACAUCAUCCAUUUCUUCUCAGCAGUCACUGAAUUCGUGAGGUCCAUGGUUAGAAAAAAUAUAUUUUCCAAAAUGCCCUUUGUGUUUCCCAUGAUGUGUUAGCAUUAGCACCAAGCUAGUAGACUUAAGGGUUAAAAUAUGUAAACUAUUUACUUUACAACUAAAUAUUAAUGCUUGACCUUACGACUCCUGUGGAAAGACAAUGGCCUCUCUGUCAGGCAGCCUAACGCCUCUCCUUUGUUGCAUUCCAAAAUAAUGAUUUUAUACAUGGGUUCGGACGUGCCUCCAAUUUGGAGGAUAGAUAGUUGAGUUUUCCACACCAACACAGGCUAGUGAGUCCUAAAUCUUGCAUGAAGAGAUCAAGCCUGAACGGAUGAAAGGCAAAACUUCUUUUAAGACAACCAGAACAGUCCAGUUGCCAUAAAUUCAAUGCCCUGAGUAUGUGGUUGAUUUACCGUAAAUACACAACGUGUAAUUCUCUUUGUUUUAUAUUUAGUUUGACAGUAAACGUAAACUGGGAGUGGCAUUAAAGAGCUUGAAGCCUCUAUUUUUGAAGAAUUGUCCACUAAUUAUAUCUGUCAAACUGCUGCUUAUUGUGGAGUGAGUUGAAUUGAGUUCACUACCACUACACAGGGCUUGCAUCUCAAAUGUUUGCUCGCAAGUCAAAGCAAAAAAAAAAAAAAGAAAACGGCCGAACAACGAUCCAUAUCCUGAAAAACCUAUAGGACAUUCUACCGAAUUGGUGCCAUUUGCUUGUUGUAACUCUUUCAAAAUAAACUUAAAAUUCCUGUCUUUUUUUCGACUCUAAAUUAGAUAAUACACAUACUGACCUACUCAAAAUGUUUAUUGGCCCAACUCAGGCAAAUAAUUUAUUUCAUAUCAUUGUUGUAAAGUACUGCAACUCCUCAUCAGAAUCAGAAUCAUCUUUAUUUGAGUAACAGGACAGAGUAAGAGGAUUUUAGCAUAGAUAUAUCACUGAAAUAUAGCCACAUGACAUUUAUGCUAAUAGCAUCUUGACACCAAGUACAAUACAGUGAUUGAGCAAAAAAAAUAUUUUAAGCAAUGGAUAUCUGAACACAAACAGCGCAGCAACACAUAUAGACAGAUAAUAUAGCAAUACUCAAAGGCAUAUAUUCUUUAUCCUCUGCAAAGAAAGACUGAUGUUACUCCUGGGGAGUUGUGAAUAU